AUGAGGUGGCUGCCGGUGGUGCUGGCGUGGCUGCAGCUGGCCCAGGGCGCCGUCAGGAUCAGCCUGAAGAAAGGCCUGUCCAUCCGGGACCAGAUGAGGGCAGCUGGGGUGCUGGAUGAUUUCCUGAGGCACAUCAAAUACGAUCCGGUGAAGAAAUUCCAGCCCAGCCAGGGCUCCGUGGUGAGGGAGCCCAUAGCCAACCACCUGGAUUCCUCCUACUUUGGGGAGAUCAGCAUUGGGGAGCCCCCCCAGAAGUUCCUGGUGCUCUUUGACACCGGCUCCUCCAACCUGUGGGUGCCCUCCACGGACUGCAAGAGUCCUGCUUGCUUCAACCACGCCAAGUUCCAGCCCAGUGCCUCGGCCACCUUCACGCCCAGGGGCCAGUCCUACAACGUGUCCUACGGCAGCGGCUCCGUCACCAUCGUGCUGGGCUCCGACACGCUCAGGAUCCAGAGCAUCACGGUGACCCAGCAGGAGCUGGGGCUGAGCCAGGAGGAGCCCACGCGGCCGUUCUACUUCGCGGCCUUCGACGGCAUCCUGGGCAUGGCCUUCCCCUCGCUGGCCGUGGGGGGCAUGGCCACGGCCCUGGGCGGCAUGCUGGAGCAGAACCAGCUGGCCGAGCCCGUCUUCAGCUUCUACUUCUCACGCCAGCCCACCUACGACUACGGGGGCGAGCUCCUCCUGGGGGGCGUGGACCCCCAGCUCUUCCAGGGGGACAUCACCUGGGCGCCGGUGACACAGAGGCUCUACUGGCAGGUGGCACUUGAGGAGGUUGCCAUCGGGCAGUCAGCGACCGGCUGGUGCAGCCAGGGCUGCCAGGCCAUCGUGGACACGGGGACAUUCCUGCUGACCGUGCCCCAGGAGUACAUAGAGAGCGUCCUGGAGGCCCUGGGAGCCCAGGAGACCAGCUAUGGGUACGCCGUGGACUGCAGUGACACCCAGAGCAUGCCCCAACUCACCUUCGGCAUCGGCGGCGCUCGGCUCGCGCUCCCCCCGAGCGCCUUCGUCCUCAACAGCAAUGGCUACUGCACCCUGGCCAUCGAGGCCACCUACCUGCCCUCCCAGGACGGGCAGCCCCUCUGGAUCCUGGGAAACGUUUUCCUGAAGGAAUUUUACACCGUCUUCGACAUGGCCAACAACCGCGUGGGCUUCGCGCCCUCGGCCUAGAGGAAGCAAAUUCCAGCCCCUCUCCCGGCCCACGGGGUGCCACAGCAUUCCCAGGGACGUUUCUGCUCCUUUCCAUCCCCAUCCCUCGGGAUUUGCGUGCCCACGGAUCCUGUAACAAAUAAACC